AUGUCAAUCUCAAGCCUCUCUCUCUGCUUAAUCUUUCUCACCUUCCUCACCACCCCACUUGUCCUCUCCUCUCGCACCCCCAAAAUGGCUGUAGCAGCAUCACCUUCGAUAGAGAAGAAUCUUCAGAAAACACAUAUACAUCCUCCUGCACUGCCUGUUUCCGAGGUUGAUUCGUCUCCUUCCAUGGCCAAGAUUGAUGCUGAGCCAGCACCGAACACGGCCAUAUCCGGUUUCUUCAGGCAUAAGUUCCCAUUCCACCAAGGCUGGCCUUUCCACAAGCAUGGUCCUUUCCCAACCGCCAAGCCUGCAAACCCUUCUGUUACUACUACAACACCUGCUACUGCUACUGGAGCUGGAGCUGAGAAAGAGGAGUCUGAGAAGGUGCCUUCUUCUCCAAGCAAUGGUAACAGAGAUGGUGGCAACGCUUGAAGAUGAAUGAAUACAUUUAAAGCUUAUUAAUAGUUUUACAUAUUGUGUCAAAUAAAAAAUGUACCAUGUACUAUCAUAUAAAUGCUAUGUGACAUUUUAUUUUUA